AUGGCAAACUAAAUUGGAAAGAUACAUUAUGUGAAUCGAUUCACAUAAAUGAUAGCACCGGUGUAUCAUAAAUGUGAUAAUCUGAUGCAUCAUAGAUUAAAACACAAAAUAGUUGGAAUCUAUUUAUAUCGUAAUAAGCAAAGCACAAACAGAACAUAUAUCCAUUCAGAUACGUCAGUGAGCACAAAGUUGAAAGGCAUCGACAUAACAGAUACCGCCACCUGCAUCCAUAUAGAUAUUAGUGAGCUCCGUAAAUGGGAGUGUGUACGGUAGCAUCUGUCACAUAUUAAGAAUAAAUUUUUCAUGAAUACAGCUCGGAUUGUGUGUGAAGACUGCCAAACAAUAAAUUACUGAAAAUUCAACUUUUUUAAAUGUGCAAUUAAACGUCGCGUUUAACCUUUAUUAGCUAUGGGGGAACAACCAAUAUUCUCCUGCAAUGCUCAUGUUUUCCACAUCGAUCCCAAAACCAAAAGGACGUGGAUAACAGCUAGCUCCAAAGCUAUUUCUGUUAGCUUUUUCUAUGACUCUUCCCGGAAUCUCUAUCGCAUAAUUAGUGUAGAAGGGAGUAAGGCGGUAAUAAACUCGACUAUAACCCCUAACAUGACAUUUACUCAAACAUCACAAAAAUUUGGUCAAUGGAGUGACGUACGAGCAAAUACCGUGUAUGGAUUGGGCUUUGCAUCAGAGGCCGAGCUAGGAAAGUUCAUUGAGAAGUUUCAGGAGGUGAAAGAAGCAACUAAAAACGCACUCAACAAAGCAUCCACCAAUGGAAACUCAACGGUUACUUCCGCCAAUGCAUCCCCAGUUACGGCGCGCUCUUCAAUGUCAAACAGUGACAGCUUUGACCCCAACAACGUUGAUGCGCCGAUUACCACCACUGGAAAUGUGCCCACGACCAUCAAAACUGAAAGCCCAUCUCAUCCCACAACGAACGAUGCGCUCAACAAUGCAAACCCUCUGACGAAUGAACUGAAACAGAUGUCCAUCAACUCUUCCUCCAGCGAUGGAAUGACGACAUCUUCUGCAGAACAACAGCUCAAAUAUGAAAACGAACGGUUAAAGUUGGCCCUAGCUCAAAGUUCUGCAAACGCUAAAAAGUGGGAAAUCGAGCUGGCUACUCUAAAAAGUAACAAUCUACGCCUAACAAGCGCUUUACAGGAAUCCACCGCUAACGUAGAUGAAUGGAAACGCCAGCUGCAUUCCUACAAAGAAGAAAACCAACGGCUGAAGAUUCGUUACCAGGAGCUCGAGCAAACGAAAAGUGGCAGCACAACAGGCGGCACAGCGGCCGCGACAUCAUCUGCCGGAACCACAGAAAUGGCAGAUGAACUACGCCGCGAGAUAGCGCUGCUGAAAAGUCGAAUUGAAGAUUUGGAAAAGGAACUAAUGAAUCAGGAAAUCGAACUGAAGGCUGCCAAUAAGAGCUUAAAGGACAAACAGAAUGAUCCAACGGUCAAACAGCUUACAACACUGUGUAGUCAAUUCUCUGUACACAUAACUGAACUGAACGGUCUUCAAAAAGAAAUGGAAAAAGUCAUCCAAACUCAUCACAAAACCACUUGAGAAUUAUAUGAGAAAAAUAUGCAAACCAAGAAGUUCACAGAUGUCAAGAAUGUUCACGAGGAUUGCCAAAAAGACGGCAAUUUGAUAAAACCCUUCAACAAUGAUGUUACCGCCAACAACAACGACGAGGUUGACCGUAAAAUAGACUACAAACCAUAUACUCUACUCGCUAACUGUAGCACACUUACUAAUGCAUACCAACAACCAGUUGAAAGCAGUACAACUGAUGCACAAAAACGGUAUUUAGCAAAUGCACCAAAAACUGUAAUUCCUAAUCGAGCUAACUCCGGCAUCGUUCUGAUUACCGCCAAACUAAACCAGUCUGAUGAAAGCAAACUCAUUCAAUACAACGUGAGUGGCGGCAGUACUAACACCCUCAGCAAAACCAAUUUGGAGAAAUUUAAUUCCGUUAAAAGGGCCACCACGACGGAAGAUCUCACUCCGCUGACCGCACAGAAACAAGCAACUAUUGGUUCCAAUGAACAACAACAGCAGCAACAACAACCCAAAACAGCAACCAUUUUGGUUUCAAAAUCAAAAACGAAAACUGGACUUCCACUUCUGCUGAAAAAAUCCAAAUAGCGACUUUUAAAGUUUUAAGUUAUUUAAUCUCAUUUGCGAAUCUUGUGUAGGGCACAGAAGCAUAUUUUCCAUUCGCCAUAGUCAUAAAGUUUAGGGCUGUUCGUAAUUCAUGCAAUCAUGUCAAAUUUAUCAGCUCUAUUACUUCAACAAGGAGUAAAUUUAUAUCAGUAACCGCCUGAGAUUCACCGUUUGCUUUAUCUUUUAUGAUGAAGAUUUUUAUUAGACUUACUAGUACACCUUGAAGGGAGGUUUAGAUAGAUUUACAGCAUUUUAAUGUAUAUUACACAAAAAGUUUUAAGUAUUUGGACAGCCGAUAAUGAUUUUUGAUUUAAGUUUUAUCCAGUGUUAUUUUUUACCACCAAAGAUUUAUUGUAGAAAAAAAUACAUCCAACUUUACGUAUUGUGAGGUAUUCAUCGCAGUUGAUUCCAUAGAAAGUAACGCAUUUAAAUAUUACUCUAAUAACAAUCUAUAACGAAUGUUAUUUGUCAUGUAACAAUAGUAUAAAUAUAUAUCGACGAGCAGCCAUUUUACGUUACUCACAGGGUAGAUGAAAAAUUUUACUGGUCACUAAAAGUAUUGAUUUAAUUUUAUCCAGAUAUUGUAGUAUAAUUUCACGUUCAUGCAGGUUUAAACAAUCAAAAUGAAUCAAAUAUAUAGAAUAUUUAAAAAUCUAGUGGUUUUUAUUUUUAAGGUAGGGAACGUGUUUAGAUUAUCUAAACUGGAACGUGUUCAAAGCAGCACGAAUUAGCCCGGUUGGUAUUUCGUUUGUCUAGUUGAGCUCCCCUUUGUAAUCUCUUAUUUCUAUUACCCAAACAUAAUAGGUUUAAUUUGAACUACUAUUGAGAUAGAUUACGUAUUAAGGUAUUUAAGACACUCCCAUCAACAAGAAACCCGCUUUCUUACUCUUCAUGACGAUAUAUUUACUCCCAGGUAAUCGGAGGAUGGAAAAUAAAUUAUUGUGUUAAAAUACAA